AUGCAUCGCAAGUCAUCUGAAUCAUGGCCGCGGACUCGCUAUGUCCUCAAAGACCACGAGGCUAUUGCCCAACACUUUCCGGAUCCAAAUGUGACAUUACUAUCGCCUGCAUUUCUAUGGCCGGAAACCAUACCUCCAGGAUUCAAGGAAGGGACUUCUGCACCAACAGAUGAAGGCACACUUGACCUAUUCCUGUCAUUACUAGCCGAGCGCAACCACUGGAUGGUAUACAACCCAUCAGACUUCCAAUCCGAAGCUGGCAGAGACAUCCCAUAUCUCCUUCUUUCCAGCUCAAACCUCGACCUUGACAUCAACGCAGAAACCAACUCCUGUCAUCCAACCCCCAAACUACGCAUAUGGAUCCAAGGCUCCGCACACGGAGACGAGCCAGGCAGCGAGCAAGCUGUACUUGCAUUCCUAGGAAAACUCGACUCUGACCCAACCUGGACAACAUCGCUCCUUGAAAAAGUCGAGAUAUUGGUCCUCCCGCGCUACAACGCUGACGGAGCAUGCUACGCGUCACGACACUUUGCAUCAGACAUCAAUCCAGCACGUGACAAUAUCUGUCAAACAUCGAGACAAACGACAAGUAUCAAAGCUCUGUACAACUCGUUCUCUCCCCACGUCAGUAUCGACAUGCACGAGUUCGGCGCCCGGUAUCGAUACUUAGGCGGACGAUACGUUCAAGCCGUAGACGGACAAUUUGCCGUGGCCAAGAACCUCAACAUCGCACAUGAGAUUCGUCACUUGAGUGAAACGCUAUUCACAACGGGUCUGGGCAAGGCCUUGAACGCGGCGAAUCUACGCUGGCAACCAUAUGCCGUUGGAAACAGUUACCAGGGAGCUGAUGUCCCGUUGGAGUUUGUCGAGGCUGGCGGCGAUGCCAAAAUCACUCGAAAUGCUUGGGGUCUGACUCAGUCGAUUGCAUUUCUUUGUGAGGCGCGCGGGAUAGGGAUUGCGGAUCAGCAUUUCGCCCGUCGCACAUACACGGGCUUGGUCAUGUUGGUGACGAUUGUCGAUAUUAGUGCGGGACAUGUUGAUGAUAUUCUGGCGACUUUGGAUAAAGCUCGUCAUGACUUUGUCAAUGGUCGUGAUGAUAUCGUCGUCACGGAUACCAGGACGGAAGGCGUUUCGAAUGGUUGGCAAGACAAGUACUCUCACUCUCACUCUCAUCCUAGUCCUAGUCCUCAUCCUCGACCAUUCAUCGACACCACCACCGGCGCUCUCAUUCAUCUCGACAUGAAAUUCUUGUCUAGUAACCCUCUACUUCCAGUCAUUACUAGGAAACGACCCAAAGCGUAUAUCAUUCCACCCUCACCAGCUCAGAAAUUGAUUGUUUCGAAAUUAUCUUCACUAGGUCUUUAUCUCUUGGUUACAUCAGAACCAAUGGAUACUAGUGGAGAGAACGAACGAGAAAAGAGGAAUCAACAAGACUCAGUUGGUGUGACGACUACCGUCCCUCCCGCUGAAUCUCCUCACUUCUCAUCUAAAUCCACGCCGAUAACGAUACCAAAUCUCAACAGAUCUCCACUAACUUUUGGGGACAUGUAUUCGACUAAUGAUCAACUCUCACCUUCAUCAACCUCCCGCCUUUAUCCUCACCAUCCUUCUCGUCUCCGUCAAUCCAUAUCAUCUGGAAGAAGUCUCUCUCCACCCUCAAUCUCAUCCUCACUCUCACCACAUCGAAUCCGCAAACGGAUAAUGACAACAGUCACAACAUCAAUAGCAAAGACGGAUGAGAUUCCGCGUGGGAGCUUCGUUCUUGAUACAAGACAGAAAAAUGCAGGAUUGGCAUUCAUGGCGUUGGAGCCGGAAAGUGAAGCUAGUUUUGCCACGAGUGGGAUUUUGGAUGGAGUUAUGGAGGAGGACGAAGAGGAGGAGAAUGGGGAGGAGAAUAAGGGGUUUGUGUGGAGGGUUAUGCAUGAUUUGGAUGAGUGA